ACAAAUCCUGAGGCAGCGAAAGAAGCGUAUAAUCGAGGAAAAGAACAAACCGAUGUAACAGAAGAUGUUCACAAGAUGGGAGACGAGGUUCACGAAGUGAAAGAGAAAGUUCACGCAGUGUAUCUUUACCGUUUAUUAACGCUUAUCGGAACUGCAAUAGUUAGGAAUUUAAUUGACGACAGAUGCUCAGAUACUCCACUAACAACCCUCCUGGCUCGUGAAAGAAAAGUUAUAAAGAACUUGAGGGCAGCCAGAAUAAUAACGAAGGUCCAGUUUGAUUUGCUGUAUCUAAAGCGUGGCAUCCCUCCUACAACGGCAGACUUUGACCUUACCCUUGCUAUAUGUUUGCUAAGGAGCCUGAAGCAUUUUGGUUUAAAACCUAUGUAUACCCCUCAGCCAGGAGAUACUUCACUUGAAGCAGAUUUGUGUCGCUUGCGAAUGUAUCGCAAUGAACUGGCACAUAGUUUCAGUUUCUUGACAGCAGGAAUACAGGAACAAGAAUUUAAUGAUAAAUGGAUAGACAUCGAAGGGGUAUGUUCUCAAAAAUAUAACAAUGUACAGCUAGAAAGUUUUAACUGAUCCCUUUACUUAAAAAAGCCAAGACGCUUCAUCAGGCCACUGGUUCGACUUCUGUCCAAUUCCAUUGCAGUGUGUCAUUUGGCAAGGCGACUUAUCAAAAUUUCCCCAGACGACCCAACUUUAUAGAUUACAAGGGUUAUUUCCACUACGGUCCAUGAACAGGCUCAAUCAUACCGAGCCUGCAACAUGUUCGUUUUAGCCGUGUUGAGCGACCUGUGAAGUUUCCACUUUUGUCUAUUUUAUGAUUACAAAGCUUUAUCGAAAUUGCCUCAGUCGAACCAGCUUUAUAAACUGCAGAGACUAGGGUUACAGAGCUUUAUCACAAUUGCCUCAGUCGACCCAGCCUUAACAAUUGCUAAAGUUAGGGUUACAAAACUUAAUUAUAGUUGCCUCAGUCGACCCAUCUUUAUAGAUUGCAAGGGUUAGGGUUACAAAGCUUAGACACAAUUGCCUAAGUCGACCAAGAUUGUUAGAUAACAGUGGUUAGGGUUACAGAGCUUUAUCACAAUUGCCUCAGCCGACCCAGCCUUAAAAUUGCAGGGGUUAUGGUUACAAGGCUUAGUCACAAAUGCCUCAGUAGACACAUACUUUAAAAGUGCAGGGCUUAUGGUAGCAAUGCAACAUUAUUUUUUCAAAUGCAAAUAAACACCAUUUUUUAUUUAUUAUUUAAUACUUCUAUCACUCCACACCAAAUAAUUGAAAACGUUUUUGUAAAAAAAAAAAGAAAAACAAAACAGUUAUGCAAGCUUAAGCAGCAGAUAUUCGAGGAGAAAAAAUGAGGUUAUUUUCAUAAUUGAAGCAAAAAGCAACCUCAUACUAUUAUAUUUGAAAUAAAGCUAAUAUUACCAUAAAUUAACAUUUAUAUACUUCAUAAUUGUAUUUCUAACAAUUCUAAGCUUGAUAUACAUUAA